AUGCGUCGUAUAACUCGUCUUUGCUUCCGAUUCCCAUUAGAUUAUGGGCUGGUUAUCCUUGAUAUCGCUCUCAACGAAUGUCUCCAACAACUCUAUAAAACGUGGGAACCUAGAGAAGACAAAGAUAAGCAAAUUAAGGAAGACCCAAAUUUUCCGUUUAACGCGUUUUUAGCCAUGUUGAUUGCAUUGAUGGCUGUUUCGACGGUAUUACUUGUUCCGUUCAUUGCGCUGUGGCAAUUACACGUCGAAGCAAACCAAUCGGACUACUACUUCAGAGAUGCUGACACCUCGGAUCGACCAAAUGGAAAUGUCGGUCUCACAGGUUCCAGUCUCAUGUCAUUCUACGAGUCAAAUUUGAUACAUUUCCUGAGAACCCCGCCUGCCAAAGCUCCCAGAAUCUCUCAGAUUUACGAUGCUUUUGUGGAUUAUUUGGGUCUCGAACCGUAUGCGGGAAAUGACCCAGAUUCAUGUCACCCAGAAACUUCGGUCGUGAGCAAAUUGACCAAAGAUGUCAACGUUUUGGAACAUAUCCACUCCCACAACGAUUACUGGCGCCGGAUGCCCCUAUUCGAAGCCCUAUGUUAUGGUGUCGCCAGUGUCGAAGCCGACGUCUGGUUGACUAAAAAUAACUCCGACCUCGCAGUAGGCCAUAACAAGGCGUACCUUGAUCCUUCAACGAGAAACCUGGAAUCUCUGUAUACUGGCCCCCUAAUGUCUAUGUUGGAAGAGGUUAACUGUGGCAACACUGACGCAGACGACAAAUAUGGCGUUUUUUAUAAUUCUCCAGAAACAACGCUGUAUUUGUACGUGGAUUUCAAGUCUCCGGACGCGGUUAUGACUUACAAUUUGCUAAUGAACAAAUAUUUGAAACCUUUGAUCGACGGCGGAUACGUCAGCUACCUAGAUUUGGAAACCAAGGAAAUUGUUACUCGGCCACUUACCGUAACGCUUACCGGAGACUACCCAACCAACACCAGUGAUCUCGAUGGUAAUAACGAUGAUGGCUAUUUCCAUAAUAAUAAAAGAUUUGCUUUCCAAGACGCACUGCUUCACGACCUCCCCGACGACGUCCAUAACGCUUCUGUUGUAGCGUCAAGUUCAUUGGGACAGUUACUCAGGACAUGUUCACCUCCAAGCUCUGUUAAUCGAUUUAAAAGUGGCCUAAGCGAUAAAGAAAUUGACUGUGUGAAGAGGAAGGUUGAUAGAGCUGCCAAAAUGCAGUUAAAAACGCGUAUAUGGGGGAUACCAAAUUGGCCGGUUUACUCCAGAAACGCACUGUGGAAACAACAACUGGAAGAUCUGCAUGUAGAUUUUCUAAAUGUCGACGACCUGGCGGCGGCUUCGAUUCUAUGA